AUGAAUAAGUCCUUACAUUCCAAAUGGAUAUGGAGGUAUGGAAAUGAACAAAAAGCUCUAUGGAGAAAAAUUGUGAGGCUUAAAUUUGGUGGUAAUGAGAAGUCUUUUUUUCCAAAUAAUUCAAACAAGUCAGUGGGGAAAAGUUUGUGGGCUGGUAUUCUGAAGAGUAGAAGUCAUGUGGAGCAGAAUUCAGCUUUACAGGUGAACAGUGGUGAUAUAGUUCUCUUUUGGAAGGAUGUUUGGUUGACUGAGCAAUCUUUACAAGCAAGGUUCCCAAAUUUAUAUGGUUUGAGCAGACUGCAAGAUGCUACUAUUCAAGAGGUGUUAGAUGAAAAUGCUGGAAACAGUUGGAAUUUUGAUUUUUGCAGGAAUUUAAGGGAAGCUGAGAUAGAAGACAUAGCUCAUCUCCUGAAUUUGUUGGAUACUUUUAAUAGAGGUGAAGGUCGGGAUCAAAGAUUAUGGCAGAAUGACACAAAAACAUUCUCAGUGGCAGAGUGUUAUAAAUCUUUGGAGGAUGAUGGCAUGUUAGUCUUCCCUUACAAAAGCGUAUGGAAUCCAAAAAUACCAUACAAGGUAAUUUUCUUUGUUUGGUCUCUCUGCUAUAAUGCUGCACCUACAAUGGAUUUACUGAGGAAUUCAUAUACUGUGAAUGGCUGUUUGUUACGCAAGAAAAGUGUUGAAUCAAACCAACACUUGUUUUUGCAUUGUGAUACAACUAGAGAACUUUGGUUUUACUUCUUAGGUGCCUACAAUCUUCAAUGGGUUUUUUAG